AUGUCAUUUGAAUUCCCCCGUGCUGCCCCUCUGGUUCCCCCGUGCUGCCCCUCUGGUUCCCCUCUCUCCGCCCCUCUAGUUCCCCCGUGCUGCCCCUCUGGUUCCCCUCUUUCCGCCCCUCUAGUUCCCCCGUGCUGCCCCUCUGGUUCCCCUCUGGUUCCCCUCUGGUUCCCCUCGUGCUGCCCCUCUGUUUACCCUCGUGCUGCCCCUCUGGUUCCCCUCUGUUUCCCCUCUGGUUCCCCUCUGGUUCCCCACUGGUUCCCCUCUGGUUCCCCUCGUGCUGCCCCUCUGUUUACCCUCGUGCUGCCCCUCUGGUUCCCCUCUGGUUCCCCUCGUGCUGCCCCUCUGUUUACCCUCGUGCUGCCCCUCUGGUUCCCCUCUGUUUCCCCUCUGGUUCCCCACUGGUUCCCCUCUGGUUCCCCUCUGGUUCCCCUCUGGUUCCCCUCUGGUUCCCCACUGGUUCCCCUCUGGUUCCCCUCUGGUUCCCCUCUGGUUCCCCUCUGGUUCCCCACUGGUUACCCUCGUGCUGCCCCUCUGAUUCCCCUCUGGUUACCCUCGUGCUGCCCCACUGGUUCCCCUCUGGUUCCCCACUGGUUCCCCACUGGUUCCCCUCUGGUUCCCCUCGUGCUGCCCCUCUGGUUCCCCUCUGGUUCCCCUCUGGUUCUCCUCGUGCUGCCCCACUGGUUCCCCUCUGGUUCCCCUCGUGCUGCCCCUCUGGUCCCCCUCGUGCUGCCCCUCUGGUUCCCCUCUGGUUCUCCUCGUGCUGCCCCUCUGGUCCCCCUCUGGUUCCCCUCGUGCUGCCCCUCUGGCCCCCCUCUGGUUCCCCUCUGGUCCCCCUCUGGUUACCCUCGUGCUGCCCCUCUGGUCCCCCUCUGGUUCUCCUCGUGCUGCCCCUCUGGUUCCCCUCUGGUUCCCCACUGGUUCCCCUCUGGUUCCCCUCUGAGACACAGCGGCGUUCCUUACGUGGACAAACGGACUGAGUGGAGGAGAUGA